GCCUAUAAAUACGUUCAACUUCCGGCCUCAGCUUCUCAAGGUUCAGAUUUCUUCUUUCUUCUACAAAUCAAAAAAUGAGAACUCUUGUCAAGUUCAACACACAGCCGAUGUCAGCAGCAGGCACAACAACUGAGUCUGAGGGUUCAUUUUCUCCGCCGGUUAUGGUGGGGCAACAGCGGUCACCGUUGCACUCUCCGGUGCCUUACCUGUUUGGAGGGUUAGCGGCGAUGCUGGGAUUGAUAGCUUUUGCCCUCUUGAUCUUGGCUUGUUCUUACUGGAGAUUUUCCCAUCGUUUAGACAGCAAUGAUGACCAAAACGGUGAGAGGGAUUUGGAGAGUGGCGAGAAAGAGCAGGAGGGUAGCUCUGCUAAAUCCGUGAAGGUUUUCGAAGAGAAGAUUUUGGUUAUAAUGGCGGGAAACGAGAAACCAACCUUCUUGGCCACGCCUGUGUGUGGAAAAGCCUCGUAUUUUCGAGAUGGCAAAGAUAUGAUCGAAAACAAGGAGGGAGAGAAAGUGGAAACCAGUGAGAAAGUAGUAAAAGAGGCCAUGGCUGGUGAACGUGAAGCAACAAUAUUGACAAUUCUUAAUGAAGAAAACAGCAGAGAUAACCUAGAAUCCCAACAAGACCAAGAACAAAACCAGUAAACAGAGUUGGUUUUUUUUGGCUUUCUCUUUUAGAGAGAGCAAGAGAGAUCUUUUUUUCUAGUAUUAAUUUUGUUUCUUUUUCCUUCUUUUCGAUUUUGAGGUUUCUGGGUUCUGGAUUCCAUCCCAUUUUGAUUCGGGAAAUGUAAAUUUGUUGAGAUGAAUUAAACUGAUAUGAGAGCCAGUUCUAUUUACAGCUAA